AUGCCUGCAAAUGCAUCUGCAUGUUUGCCGAAAGACGAAGCAGACCCCUUCGCAAUGGGCGUCAAGACCUCGGUUUCGUUCGGUAACCGGUUCAACAUCUAUUCUAUUUGCAUUCUUUCGUUCGGAGCCUUCUUUUAUGGCUACGAUUCUGGCCUCACUACAUCGAUCAUUGGGUAUCCACAGUUCAUCGCGUACUUCAACUUCAACUCGAACACCUUGGGAGCUCUUGGUAGCUGUUACUACGCAGGCAGCUUCUUUGGUUCUGGCAUGAACUUCUGGCUGCCAGAUAAGUAUGGCCGAAAGCUGACUAUAUAUAUUGCCUGUGCGGUAGCCCUCAUCGGCGCUGUAUUGCAGACAGCCGCACAGAAUAUCGAGAUGCUCUUUAUCGGCCGCGUUAUUGGAGGCAUCGCAUCUGGUCUCGUUUUUGGCGUCUGCCCGAUGUUCAUGUCCGAGAUCAGUCCUCCAGAAGUGCGGGGACGUGUCGGCGGCUUGUACAACCUCAACAUCAAUCUCGGCUACGCACUUACUGAAUGGAUGGGACUCGGCUUCAGCUACAUCUCCAGCGAUGUUGCCUGGCGCCUGUUCCUCGGACUUCAGUGUCUUCCUCCAGUCCUCAUGGCCGUUACCACACCCUACCUACCCGAGUCGCCACGGUUCCUGAUCAUGAGGGGCCGCUAUGAAGAGGCUCUAGAUGUGAUCAAGAGACUGCACCACGUCGAUAAACCACACAACAGCUCUGAUAGCAGUGGCAACGAUGAAGACGAGGACGACUUCUAUAUCCGUGAAUUCAACCAGAUCAAAGCCCAGCACGAACUCGAAGUCACGGAACGAGUCGGCUUGUCCACUAUCCUGCGCCGCCCUUCCUACCGCAAGCGCAUGUUCAUCGUCGUCUUCCAAUUCGCGUUCGCCAUGUUCACCGGCAUCAUCCCGCUGCAGAACUACCAGUUCAUUCUGUACACAUACCUGGGCGUGACUCAGAAGCUGGCACUGGUCAUGGUCGGCGUAUGGGGCACACUGGGCACGAUCUUUUGUAUCUUUGGUGCGCUGAGUUUCGAUAAGUUGGGCCGGCGGAAGAGUCUGCUGGGAAGCUUGUGGGUGCAGUUCCUGGCGAGUAUUGCCAUGGUCAUAUUCUGGGCCCGCUUCCAAGCCUCAAACAACACCAAUCUCCUCCUCGGCCGAUUCACCGUCGGAUUCAUGUUCGUGUACCUAGUGGGCUACGCCUUCAUCAUGAACGCUUUCGGCUACACCUACCCCUCAGAAAUUAUGCCCACCCCGAUCCGCGCCGCAGGCAACGCCGUCGCCUUCUGCACCUUCAACGCCAUCACCAUCAUGCUGGUGCAGGUCACGCCCAUCGCGAUCGAGGAGAUUGCUUGGCGGUACUUUUUGAUCUUUAUCAUUUGUGAUGCGGUGUUUAUUGUGGUCGUGUAUUUGGUGUAUCCGGAGACGGUGGGCAAGACGUUGGAGGAGAUUGCAGCACUGUUUGGGGAUGAGGUUGCUGUGGGAAUUCAGGAGGCGAGGAGGGUCCUCGGUGGUGUUGGUGAGGAGAAAGCUGCGGGGUCUGGUCAGGAUCGAGAUAAGGGUGUAGUCGAAAUGGCGGAUGAGAAGGCCACGCAUGCGCAUAGAGAGUGA